AAGUUUUUUUUUUUUUUUUUUCUAAUAACCAUAGUUUUUUAUUUUAGUGAAAAAUGGUAAACAUCAACCUGUUCCAAUUAGUUGUGUUUUUUUUUUUCUUUUUGCUUUUUAAAAUUCUAGGGUCUUCUCUUUAAUUGGCUCAAUCUCUGUUACUUUAAUUUUCUCGGGAAAGUUCUUGUGGACUUUCUGGCGAAACUCUUUUGUCAGAUUCUCAGGCGAAAUUAAUUCCAACAAAAAAAAAAAAAAAAAAACUACUAUACGGAUUUUUUUUGAUCAUCCAUAUUGAUUUCAUAUUCAAAAAGCUAAGAUUAUUGUUAAAUUCAAAUUGAAUUAGGUUUUUUCAGAUCGAGAAAUUCGAAGAUGAAACCAUCGGUUUCGUUGGAUAAUUGGAGGGACUAUUUCCGGCGAGGAGAUUCUGAUAUUUUUGGUAUCAUUGAUCAUGCAAUUAUGGUAGCUGCUGCAGAUUGGCCAAAUGAGUUUAAAUCCAGGAGAGAUAGAAUUGCUGAGCUUCUAUUCUCUUGUAGAGUGAGUCGCUGCAUUGGUUGUGACCACCUUGAGCUGUCGAUUGCUGGAGACGAAGAGGCUAACCAUGGCUGUAGGACGGUGGAGACAGUUGGCGGCGGCGGUGAUAGGGAUGAUUCUGGUGUUGCGACGGAUGAUGGCGAAGAGGCUUCUGUGAUUGUUGAUGAGGUUAUGAGGAACAGAGAUAUCUUGUUGAACAAAGAAGAUGAGACAGAAUCUGUGUUACUCGAAUCCCUGAGAAAGCUUGAGUCAAUGUCUAUGAGUGUAGACAUUCUUAAGGAUACUGAAAUCGGAAAGGCUGUUAAUGGUUUGAGGAGACAUAGUUCCGAUAAGAUUAGCAAACUUGCAAAGACUCUUUUCGCAGAGUGGAAGAAGUUGGUGGACCAGUGGAUGAACACCCCGGAGGAAAUGGCUGGCACUGAAGGUACGCCAGAGUCAGCAAACCUUUCAGUAAUUGAUGAAGAAGAAGCCUUUCCUUCUCCUCCACAUGAUUUAGAUAUCUAUGCACCUGAACCCAAUGGAUUUGAACUCUCUCAGAUCUUAGAUUGCUUGGACUGCGAUGGAAAUCCUCGUCACAGUGUGGAGUCAAAACAUGAAAGAAAAAUGCAAAGUAGCGAGAGGAGUAGACCUGAGGGUACAAAUGAAGCCAAUGUGGUUGGGGGGUACAGCAAGGAUCAACACAUUAGGAGAGAAGAUAGACCUAUGAAGCACUCAGCCACCGAUUUUGAUGAGCCUAGAAGACAACUAAAGCAAAGUAGAGAACAAAUGGUACCCGCAAUCCAAAGAAAACCGCCUAUUGUUGCUAAGCAAAAGCGGAAACUUGCUGGACCUCAACAAGAUAAACUCAAAGCUCUGGAUCCAGACGCAAAGUUUGAGUUUGCAAAGCGGAAACUCCAAGAGAGCUACCAACAACAUGAGAAUGCCAAGAGACAGAGGACGAUACAAGUACUGGAAACUAUCCCAAAGCAAAAUAAAGUUCAGAAACCGCAACUCAAGAGACCCACACGAAGAUAGUCCAGUUUUUCUUCGGAUAAUCUAUACAAUUACUACGACCAUUCACGGGCGUUAAUAUACAACAAAAGUGCAUUUGACAGAUCCAACUUAAACUUCAUAGGAUGCUCUAUUCUUUUGUUCCAAUUUUUAAUUGGUACUUCUGGUCCGGUUUUGUGACAAGAGAACCUCAUAAUUGUGAGUCUGUGACAAGUGAAUAUAUCCCUUUUUUUUACU